AUGACUCUCCCUCCCGAAACCGAGGAUAUCCUCGCCGCCUGUCACCGCCUGCCCAGCGACAUACAGCUGCUUAUCUACUAUCAGCUCGCCCUCUCGCCCUCAUUCUCCUUUAUCUUCACCUGCAGAGAGAACUACGAGAGACAUGUCUGUCGCUUGUAUACCUGCGUCGUCCUGAAUGCCCAGACUGCUCCCUCCUUCUACCACGCCAUAGGCGGCCACGAUGAUGAAGACGAGUGGCAAGAACCUCCCGAGCUAUGGCCUAUGGCAGCCCGCAAGGCUGCCUUCCAGCUCAACCGAAAUGUCCCACCACCUAUCCCCUCCCCCUCAUUUCCUCUCCUCUCCCUCUCGCCCACAGCUCGGAAAAUCCUCCUCAUCAACCUCACUCUUGACAUUACCCUCGUCGACCGCGAGGCCCUCGAGUACACCGAGCGCGCGGCAAUGCUGUACUACAAGCAGUCGGCCUACCUCACUCUAGGGGGCGAUGCGGGAAACGGAGGGUAUUCCCAGGAGGUGCUAUUUCUGAGGUGUCAGGGUAUACACUUUGGGGCAGGAGUGAUUGACCAGCUGGCAAAUGGGCCGGGUGGUUGGGAGGAGAAGAUGUGGAACUUGGCGUACGCGUUCAGAGGGCCUACGUUGGUCACUGUCGCAGUGCCAGAUGAAUUUGAGAUGCAAAAGAGGACGAAGGCGUUGGGAUUGAUGGAGGGGUCACUGAAGUAUCUGGGGUGUAAGCUGAGUGGCUAUUAUGGGACGGCGGUGAAAAGCCGGUGUUGUCUAGAUUGGUAG